UGCUAAAUUUGAAAACUUCAUCUUCAGAUAGUGUCAAUGUUCUUGAAAUUAUUUGUUCAUCGCCAUUACAGCUCUGUUACUUUCUUCACAAAUACUCCAUCUAAAGAAUCAGAAAUUAUCCAUCUUUGCAGGUCAGGUUUACUGUCUCAAGCUAUAAAGCUUCUCAAAACCACAGAAAAAAUCUCUUCAAAACCAAUCGUAUAUGCUACAUUGAUACAGACAUGUACUAAAUCUCACUCAUUCAAUCAUGGGGUUCAAUUCCAUACCCAUGUCAUCAAAACUGGGCUCGAAACGGAUCGGUUCGUUGGGAAUAGCUUACUUGCUCUCUACUUCAAAUUGGGUUCAAAUUUUCUUGAAACUCGGAGGUUCUUUGAUGGAAUGGUGUAUAAGGAUGUUGUUGCUUGGUCUUCGAUGAUAACGGGGUAUGUUCGUAUUGGGAAGCCUAAGAUUUCACUGGAGUUAUAUGGGGAAAUGAUUGAUAUGGGUUUUGAGCCAAAUGGGUUCACUUUGUCUGCUGUGAUUAAAGCUUGUUCUGAUAUUGGGAAGUUGAAAUUAGGGAGUGGAUUUCAUGGGGUUGUGAUAAGCCGUGGAUUUGAAGAGAAUAAUGUGAUUGUGAGUGCGUUAAUUGAUAUGUAUGGUAAGAAUUAUGCAUCAGGUGAUGCACUUAAGCUGUUUGAUGAAUUGCCUGAACCAGAUGCUGUUUGUUGGACCUCAGUUAUUUCAUCUCUCACGAGGAACGAAUUGCACGAGGAGGCUUUGGGGUUCUUCUAUACAAUGCAUAAGAAGAAUGGACUGGCCCCGGAUUUGUUUACGUUUGGAAGUGUGCUGACUGCAUUAGGUAAUUCUGGUAGGACGAGGCAAGGUAGACAAGUUCAUGCUAAGAUUGUGACUGCUGGUCUUUGUGGGAACGUGAUUGUCGAUAGUAGUUUAGUGGAUAUGUAUGCAAAAUGUGGGUUGGUUGAUGUGUCUCAGCGUGUUUUUGACCGAAUGGAUAAGAGGAAUUCUGUUUCGUGGUGUGCGUUAAUGGGUGGCUACUGUCAAAAGGGUGAGUUUGACAUUGUUAUUGAGCUCUUUAGGACGAUGGGGGAGGUUGAUCUUUACUGCUUUGGGACUGUUCUUCGUGCCUGUGCAGGGUUGGCAGCGUUGAAGUCAGGGAAGGAAGUUCACUGCCAGUAUUUGAGGAGAGGUGGCUGGAGUGAUGUUAUCGUGGAAUCAGCUCUAGUUGAUCUCUAUGCAAAAUGUGGCUUUGAUAAUUAUGCCUAUGUGAUUUUUCGCCAAAUGAAUGUUAGGAACUCGGUUACCUGGAACUCAAUGAUAUCUGGAUUUGCUCAGAAUGGGAAAGGCGCAGAAGCUAUUGCAGUGUUCAAGGAGAUGAUUAGUGAAGGGGUUAAGCCAGAUUAUAUCAGCUUUAUCGCGGUUCUUUUUGCUUGUAGUCAUAACGGUAUGGUUGAUGAAGGGCGAAAGUAUUAUCUCUCAAUGAUUAAUGAGUAUGGUAUCAAAGCUCAUAUCGAGCAUUAUAGUUGCAUGGUUGAUCUUCUAGGUCGGGUUGGAGAGGUAGAAGAAGCUGAAAGCUUGAUUCUAGGUUCGGAAUUCAGAAACGAUGCUUCCCUUUGGGCUACCCUACUUGGUGCUUGUACUAGCAAUACAAAUCCUACCGUUGCAGAGCGAAUUGCAAAGAAAAUGAUGGAACUAAAUCCCGAUUAUCAUUUAAGUUAUGUUCUUCUAGCAAAUGUGUAUAGAGCAGUAGGCCGGUGGGCUGAUGCUCUUGAGAUUCGGCGACAGAUGCAAGAAAAAAGAGUGAAUAAGAUAACCGGGAAGAGCUGGAUUUAAACAAAUACUGACAAAGAGCUUUAUCAGGACACCUUUGUUUCGACAUGCAACUUGUAUUCCUCUCGUGUAUGGGUGACCCUUGUUUCGAGAUGCAACUUGUAUUCCUCUCAUGUAUGGGUGACCCUUAUUUCGAGAUGCAACGUGUAUUCCUCUCGUGUAUGGGUGACCCUUGUUUCUAGAUGCAACUUGUAUUCCUCUCGUGUAUGGGUGACCCUUGUUUCGAGAUGCAACUUGUAUUCCUCUCAUGUAUGGGUGACCCUUGUUUCGAGAUGCAACGUGUAUUCCUCUCGUGUAUGGGUGACUCUUGUUUCAAGAUGCAACGCGUAUUCCUCUCGUGUAUGUAACCUUUGACCGGGUAAGCUUACAAGGCCCUUGUAACAAGAGGAUAUAGAACUUCAUAGCUCAAAGGGUUCUAGUGGCACAAGCCUUUUAAUAAUAAUAGCGAGGUGGCGAAAUCAAAUCCCACCCAACUCAUUUAGGUUUGGUUUGAUUAUAUUGAUCCGUCUGUUUGUUAGCUCAACUCACCCAUUAAAAUUAAUUUGAUAUGUAAUCUAAAUUGAUUUUUGAGAAAUUUUGUCCUAAUACUUUUUUA